GGAGAUGCGCGUGCGCCGCGCAUGCGCGGGACGGGCCGGCACCUGCCCCCGGCGGGUCGGGUCGGGUCGGUGGGCGGCGGCGGCGGCUGGAGGCCGUGGCUGUCAUGCUGGAGGAAGGCGUUCCCUGCACAGUCCUGGAGACAGAAGUGCCCUAUUGCUAGAGCAGAGAGCUGCUGCUUCCGUUUCAGACCUGAUGGAGGAGCUGUGUGCCAGACUGCCUGCCUGCCUGCCAGCUCUAGCAGUGCUCUCACAAGGGAGAUCGCCUUCUUUUUCACAAGCUUGUUCACAAAUGAACGUAGCGAUACCGUAUCCUAUUUCUUCCUGUGCACCCCCAUCAAAAUCCAGAAGUUGGAGUUCUGCUCUGUUCUUUCCCUGAAAUAAGAGAGAGGUGGAAGAGCAGUAGAAAAGCAGACCUCCAGCAGAGCGCUGCAGUAACAAAGUGGACUCCAAUUCUUUCCUAACCAUCCUGGGGAUGCCAGAGUAAUGGUUGCCUCGGUCCCGUGGCCGGCCGUCCUGCUGCAAUGAGUGGGAAGUCCUUGCUCUUAAAGGUCAUUCUGCUCGGAGAUGGCGGCGUCGGGAAGAGCUCCCUCAUGAACCGGUACGUCACCAACAAGUUUGACUCGCAGGCUUUCCACACCAUUGGUGUGGAGUUCUUAAACCGGGACCUGGAGGUAGAUGGACGUUUUGUGACCCUCCAGAUCUGGGACACUGCAGGGCAGGAGAGAUUCAAGAGCCUCCGGACCCCCUUUUACAGGGGAGCUGACUGCUGCCUGCUCACCUUCAGCGUGGAUGACCGGCAAAGCUUUGAGAACCUCAGCAACUGGCAGAAGGAGUUUGUCUAUUACGCUGACGUGAAGGACCCCGAACGCUUCCCCUUCGUGGUCCUGGGCAACAAGAUUGACAAACUUGAAAGGCAAGUGAGCACGGAGGAGGCCCAGGCUUGGUGCAUGGAGAACGGCAACUAUCCAUACCUGGAGACCAGCGCCAAGGAUGACACCAACGUGGCCGUGGCCUUUGAGGAGGCUGUGCGACAGGUGCUGGCGGUGGAGGAGCAGCUUGAGCACUGCAUGCUGGGCCACACCAUCGACCUGCACUCCAGCUCCAAGUCGGGGUCCUCCUGUUGUUAAGGGCGGCUGCUGCUUUGGGGACGUCGCUGGGACCGAUGGUUGGGCUGCAAGGAGGGCGGGGGCACUCUGAGGAGGGUGGCUGUGGGGACAGCGGGUGCUUUGUUCGCUGGAGAGUUGCUGCUUUACCAUCUGAAUGCUGGCUGCAGUCUUCGGACGUGGAAGAUGUAUGCACAGCAGGGAGCUGUCAAAGAGCGUGUGAAUGCAGUCCUGCUCCUGUCCCCGUCUGCUCUAGCAGGUGUGAAGGACCGGGUUAAACUAAAGAGAGUGAGUUCUGAUCAGUAGCACGAACUGCAUGCAGAACAAAGCUGGGGGCAUUCCAGACGCUCUGAAGCGUUUUAGUCCCGAACUCAAAAACUACCAGACCCACUAAAGUCAUGGCCUUACUGCCAAAGCAAAGUCUGCUCAGCAGUGCGAGUGAAACCUGUUGGGAUGACUAGCCCACGCAACUGUGAGAGUGCCAGAUCCUGGAGUGGCUGGGAUGUGUGUAUCUGCUGCCUGGGAUCAACGCAUUCCGUGCUGAGUAAUGCUUGAACUCUGAUAUGAAGGAACAUAAUGAAGGAGAGGAGAAACUGAAUGCUGCAGCGUCAUUUCUUCGUAGCUGUCUGUUUCUGGUCUGUUUUUCCCCCUCACCUUCUAACUUUGCCUUGUUUGGGUGUUGCUUUAUGGACAGGCUGGCUGCUGCUUGUUUCCUCAGCCCUUGGGGAGGCUCAACACCAGGUCUUGCUUCUCACACCUCGAGCAGACCUGGAUGGAAGGUUCCAGCGCGGCCCCUCGGCAGGUGAUGGUGAAGGAUUUGGGUUAGCUGGGAGUUCAGGAGAUCUGGAGCGUGAACCUUCAGCUGCUUCCUGUCAGAAGCAAUCUCUGUGUCCGGAUGAUUCUGUGUGUCUCUGAUUCUAUGAAUGCUGCAACACAAAACCACUCACCGUGAUUACCUGUUGUGUCGGGGGCUGUGCUGCUCAGCACAGUUUGCUCACCCCAUUGCCCUGAUCCUUACUCCCUAACAGGGAAUCCAGUAUGUCUUAUCUGUCACUCUCCUACUGCUGGAGAAUGUCCACUCAGUUAAUAGACCCUUAUCAAUGAGCAGCUGUGCUCGUUGCACUGGGGAGAGGUUUGGACUGACUCCUCAAGGGGCUGAAGGACGGUACUGGGAGGGCAGGAAGCCCUCCAGGAAAGGAUGCCAAGCUUUGCUGAUCGUGGCUCCUGCUCCCUGCUAGGUGUUAGUCCCGAGCUGUUUGUGUGUAGCAAAGAGGUCAGUGCUUGCUGGCUUGCCGUUGUAACCUCAUGUUCUGCGAAUUCCUGUGCAAGUGUUUGUCCAAAACGAUGACUUUGCCUGUAAGCAGGUAGGAGCCCGGCACGGGGAGAGCUCCCCAUGCACUGCUGGCUGCUGAGUGCAGUGCCCACUGUGAUGAGCCACUGGAUAGCUGAUUGUGUAGCUCACAUAGAGCAGCCUCGUAUGCUCAGUGCUUUAUUGCAGGGCAGGCUCUGCCCUCACGCUGGCUGGUGGCAGCUAAACCCCAUCCCCUGGUGGUCUGUGAGCUUGCAGGAUGGCUCCUCUGGGAACUCAGGGUGGUCCUGCUCUGCUCUGUGGGGCAGCCACACGUGGGAGGGGCUGAGGCUUUAAUACAAAGUGCUGUGGGGGGGAGGGGGGGGGGGGGAGGAGGGAUCUCAUUUUGAAUAGUCACGUUCACACAAAUAGAUAGGAAAUGCUUGCAGCUCCUGGGAAACCGGGUCCCUUGCUCUGCCUCCAUGGGUGCAACAUACGGUUAGGAAUUGGUACUCCUCCUUUAACAAUGUCUGACCUCCGCAGGCCUCUUAUCUAGAUUUUCCUCCAGUUUAACCCAGCUGGACGUAAGCAUUUAGGCUUCUGUGUUUGUAAAAGCCCAUUCAGGGGGCGUAGUGGGAUAUAUUGAAGCUGUUUAAUGUAUUCUGAGAGGUACGCACAAUUCCCGAGGGAGCCCGGAUCCUGAGCUCUCUGUUGCAAAGUUCUGCACCAACGGCCCUCCUUUCCCCGUGGCCACUCAUGCUGCUGCAGUUGUUGCUAUUGCUACAAAACUGGAAUUGUAACACUGAGACUCUACCUUUAUUUAAGCCAAUAAAACGUGGAUGUAUUCGA